GAUAUAUUUGAUCGAUAUAAAUCAUAGCAGCGCAGCUGCUGUAUAUUUUUGUUUUGACAUUUUGAAUUGAAAAAUAACUUGAAAAAUGUCGGGCAAGGCACAGAUAACUCUGCCCGAAGAGGAAUUGGAUUGGAUACAGCUGCGCCAGGACCUGGGACCCGUGAUUGAGGUGGAAACCACCAAGGAAAAGCUAAAGCGCAAAAUUAAGGAGAACCCGCUGGUUCCGAUUGGAUGCCUGGCCACUACCGCUGCCCUGACAAUGGGCCUGUAUAAUUUCCGCACUGGAAAUCGCAAGAUGUCCCAAAUCAUGAUGCGCACACGUAUCGCUGCCCAGGGAUUCACUGUAGCCGCCUUAAUAGUUGGCGUUGUGAUGACCUAUGGCGAAAAGAAAUCCAACUAAUUGAUACAAACGAGCAUUCAUACCAAUUGUAGCUUUAAAACUAGGCCUGUAAUCAUGGGCUGGUUUUUGUUUUGUUUGUUUUUUCUAAAACCCAAAAUAAUUAGGCGUAAAUAUUAGACACCAUCCAAGGUGCAUAAAUAGAUUUAUAAUGUAUAAAAUGCAGCAUAAUAUAAAUGUAAAGAUGUGUGGGUAAA